GCGGAACUUUGGGUGGUGUAGUCCCGGCGCCCAGCUGGAGCUGGGGGCCGGAGCGACCCCCCUUGUCCUUCGGUGGCUCUGGUCCAUUCCCAGUACUUUUGAGCCACAAGAGGUGUCAUGUGAUUGGAGCUUGCUGAUUUCCAGUGACUUGAAAACCUUAUUUGUUCUGUCUCCCAUGAUCCCUGGAUGAGGAAAGGAGGACUCUUUGGGACCUGACCCCAGUUUCAGGCACCUAUGGCAUUCAGGGAUGUAGCUGUGGAUUUCUCUGAGGAAGAGUGGAGCCUGCUAAGCCCUGCUCAGAGGACCCUUUACAGAGAAGUGAUGCUGGAGAAUUAUAGCAACUUGGUCUCUCUGGGAAUUCCAUUUUCAAAACCAAAACUCAUCACUCAGCUGGAGCAAGGCAAAGAGACGUGGAAAGAGGAGAGAAAAUGUCUACCAGCUCCCUGUCCAACAGAACCAAAACCAGAAGUCUACCCCGAUUCUUUCUGCCCUCCCGAUUUUCCCAAGUGUAAGUUCCCCUUGCAACAUAUGCUACGUAAUCAUCCCCCCUGGAUCUUCACAUGCCUGUGCACAGAAAGUCAAGUUGAGCCAGGAGAUCCACGCUCAAGGGUCUGGGAGAAGCAGCAGCAAUCCUCUGAUAGAAUCUCCUGGAGAGAUAAAGGUUUAUCUCCUGGAGAGAUAAAGCCCGAGAAAGGAGGCACCAAGCCUUCAUUUGGCCAAACAGAGAAAAGCACUUUGGGAGCCUUCUCCAGACUGCCCCAGAGACAGGCAGUCAGCUCUCGGAAUGGCAUCCGAGUGGUGGAGAAGGAAGCCAGCCCAGCUCACACACAGAACCCCGAGGAAACAGACAGAUUGCUGAAGAGGAUAGAAGUCUUAGGAUUUGGAACAGUCAACUGUGGAGAGUGCGGCCUGGGCUUCAGCAAGAUGGCAAACCUGCUGAGCCAUCAGAGGAUCCACUCCGGAGAGAAGCCUUAUGUGUGUGGGGUGUGUGAGAAAGGCUUCAGUCUGAAGAAAAGCCUGGCCAGACACCAGAAGGCACACACCGAGGAGAAGCCUAUGGUGUGCAGGGAGUGUGGUCGAGGUUUUAACCGCAAGUCAACCCUCAUUAUUCACCAGAGGACACACUCGGGGGAGAAGCCUUACUCGUGCACUGAGUGCGGGCGAGGCUUCAGUCAGAAGUCCAACCUCAUCAUACACCAGAGGACACACUCUGGGGAGAAGCCGUAUGUGUGCCGGGAGUAUUGUGGUCGUGGCUUCAGCCAACAAUCAAAUCUCAUCAGACACCAGAGGACACACUCUGGGGAAAAGCCCAUGGUGUGUGAGGUGUGCGGGCGAGGCUUCAGCCAGAAGUCAAACCUUAUUGCACAUCAGAGGACACACUCAGGGGAAAAGCCAUAUGUGUGCCGGGAGUGUGGGCGAGGCUUCAGCCACCAGGCAGGGCUGAUCAGGCACAAGAGGAAACACUUACGGGAGAAGCCGUACGUGUGCACACAGUGUGGCCUGGGCUUCAGCAACAAGUCAGCUUUAAUCACACACAAGCGGGGAUGCUCAGAAGAGAAGCCUUGCACAUGCAGAGACAGUGGCCCAGGCUUUUUCCACAAGUCCCACCUCACCUUCCCGCAGAGGGCACACAACGGGGAGAAGCCCUACAUGUGCAAGGCCUGUGGGCAGAGCUUUCAGUGGAAGUCUCACUUCAGCAGACACAGGAAGAUGAAGGGUAUCCACCACAAGCAACUGCAGCCUGACUUGGAGGCCUACUUGGAGCAAUCGUCUGACCCCUUGUAUUCUCUUUAAAAAAAAAAAAAAGAUGAGAGGACUGUCAAAAGUUUUUACACUUCCAUAAAAUAGAAAAAUACAUUCCAUAAGGGAUGAUAUAAGAUACUUAGUUUGUUCCCUACUAAAUCUUUUCCAUGUUUCAUGGCUUUUUGUUCUAAUAAACUUUGCUUCUGUACAAAUAUGAGUUUGUUCUUUGGUUUGAGGCUAGAGUUUUUAUUUUCUACGAUCUGUUUUUGUUCCUUGUAUUAUGUUCUUUGAAAAUAUUGAACUUAGCCAGGUGCUGGU